AUGGGUCUACUACUCCAAAGCCUGCUCAUCACGGCCACGGCGACGCGGGUCUUCGCAUCAUGUGCCUAUGGAACAUUCUUGCAACCCCGGGCUACCGAGGGGGAGGAGGUCCCGGUGUCGAACUUCGGGUAUAUCGGUAACAUUGCUGACACAGAUUCUCAGGGUCCUCUGAACUGGGCAGCGCUCGAGUCGCCAGCCAACAGCGCGUGCGCAACCGGCACAAGGCAGUCGCCCAUCGACAUGACUGAGGGCGUGUUUCAGCUAGUCGAGGGCUCCGAUAUCCAAGUACAGGUCAACGACAUGCCCGAGGGUGCCGAGUUCGAGAACCUGGGUACCACUGUCGAGGUCAUCACACAAGGAGGCACGCUGGUUUCCGGCGGCAAGCAAUUCGAGCUCCAGCAGUUCCACUUCCACCUCCCUAGCGAGCAUCUCGACAACGGCACCAGCCAAGCCAUGGAAAUGCACAUGGUGUGGCAGUCUGCCGAGCAGGAAAUCGCCGUCAUUGGCAUGUACAUCAACGUUGCCGACGGCGGGGCCGUCGCGAACGGCACGGCUCCGGCCGCCAAGCGUGACCUGAACCACAACAGCCGCUUCUUCCGCCGACAGGCAGCCGCCCCGCCUGCCGCGACCGCGCCGACCAAUGUGCUCGAGACAAUCUUUAGCGUGGUCGACCAGAUCUCGACGCCCGGCACAAAAGUCAAGACGCCGCCGCUCGUCAUGUCAGAGGUUGUGGACGUCAUCAAAGCCAACGCUCUGCAGACGUACUCGGGUUCGCUCACCACGCCGCCGUGCAGCGAGGGCGUCGCCUGGCAUGUGUCGACCGCCAAGCUCAGCGUCUCGCCCGCCACCUUUGUCCGUGCCGCCAAUGUCAUCGGCUUCAACUCCCGCUUCCCGCAGAACACGCCCGGCCAGCCGAACAUCUUGAUGAUUUCCGCGCUGGGAUCCGCAGCAGCUGCCGUCGCUGCCAGCGGGGCGGUCCCUGCUUGA